UCCACUUUCAUCAUUAAUGUCUUCUCCUUAUCAUUUUUUGUCACACUCAUGCAUACAUGAUCCAUCUUCUUUCCGUUAAGAGGACAAAAAAAAAGAGAGAGAAACCUUAAUUUGAUUUCGAGAGACCAAACAUAACAAUGACAUCUCUAUUCUCUAAACCUCGAGCUCUCACUUCCCUAGUUUCCAACUUUAAAACCUACCGUCCGGGGAUCGGAAAACUCCAUGUGGCCACCUUGACGCUUCUCCUCCUCCUUAUCGGCGUCGGUAUUGCCGUCUCUUCCUCUCUAUGGCUUAGUAAGACGACGAAACAAUUUGAUCGACCGACAUUAGUCACAACAAAACCGGUACGGCAGCUACAACCACCACAUAAAACCGAAGUAUUGGUAAAUUGCACAAGUUUUUUGAAUCAAACCUGGUCUGGUUCUUGCUCAAGAACAUAUCUAUGGCUUAACAAGGUACCUGUACCAGUACCAGAGAAGAAAUCAACGAAGAAAACCGGAAUUUCGGUAGAUUGCACAAGUUUCUCAAAUCAAAGCCGGUCCGGUUCUUGCUCGAGAACAGCUCAACCUGGUUAUAGGUCUAACCAAACCAAAUCGAACCGGUCAUGUCCUGAUUACUUCAAGUGGAUCCACGAGGAUCUAAAGCCAUGGAGAGAGACGGGAAUAACAAGAGAAAUGGUGGAAAGCGGACAAACGACAGCGCAUUUCCGGUUAGUCAUAGUAAACGACAAGGCGUUCGUCGAAAACUACAGGAAGUCAAUACAGACUAGGGACGCGUUCACACUGUGGGGGAUUCUUCAGCUGCUGAGAAAGUAUCCAGGGAAGUUGCCUGACGUGGAUCUCAUGUUUGACUGUGAUGAUCGACCGGUAAUUAGAAUGGACGGUUAUAAAAAAUCUAAUCAUACAGCUGAAAGUGCACCACCUGCGUUAUUUAGAUACGGCGGGAACAGAUGGACGGUGGAUAUUGUCUUUCCCGAUUGGUCAUUCUGGGGAUGGCAAGAGAUAAACAUAAAGCCAUGGAACAAAGUGUUGGAAGAAAUGGAAGCAGGAAAUAAGAAGAAGAAUUUUAUGGAGAGAGAGGCAUAUGCAUAUUGGAAAGGGAACCCUUUUGUUGCAUCUCCUUCAAGAGAAGAACUUCUUACUUGCAAUCUAUCCUCACAACAUGACUGGAAUGCUAGAAUUUUCAUUCAGGAUUGGAUAUCAGAAGGACAAAAAGGAUUUGAGAAUUCAAAUGUAGCAGAUCAAUGCAUUUACAGGUACAAAAUAUACAUCGAAGGGUAUGGAUGGUCAGUGAGUGAGAAAUACAUAUUAGCAUGCGACUCAGUUACAUUGAUGGUGAAACCUUAUUACUAUGAUUUCUUCUCAAGAACUCUUCAACCUCUCCAACACUAUUGGCCCAUUAAGGAUAAAGAUAAAUGUAGAUCCAUCAAAUUUGCUGUUGAUUGGCUUAAUAAUCACACUCAGAAGGCUCAAGAGAUUGGAAGGGGAGCAAGCGAAUUCAUGCAAAGGGAUCUAUCAAUGGAAAACGUGUAUGAUUACAUGUUCCAUUUGUUGAAUGAAUACUCAAAGCUUCUUAAGUUCAAACCUCAAGUUCCCAAAAACAGUGUUGAAAUCUGUACAGAAGCGAUGAUGUGCCCUUCUGGAGAUGCUAAUGGGACUAAUAGGAGUUUUUUGAUGGAUUCUUUAAUUGAUGAGCCUCACAUUUCAGGUCCAUGUUCACUUCCUCCUCCUUUUGAUUCCAACGGCCUCGAGAAGUUUCAUAGGAAGAAAUUGAAUCUCAUCCGGCAAGUUGAGAAAUGGGAGCACGCUUACUGGGAAAACGUUCAGUAACAGGACAUUGUUCAGAUUGAUAUGGUUUUAUUUAUCUUUUAUUUAUCCAAUCACGUUGGAUUAAUGACAUUUUGGGAUAUAUAUCAUUCUUCAUUAGCACACAGAUGGUCCACAUAACAACAUAUUUAGUAGCUGCUUAGCCUGGGUAGAUCAAUGUCCUAAACCUUAAAACCUGACACAAGCCCGCAUUGAAAUCUGUUGAACUAAUAGAUUGUGUGUUAAUGGCUUCUAUUUAUAUGUAGUACAUUAUGACAUGGGUACCAUAGUCAAGUUGAAUGGUCUGUGUGAGUGUGAAGCUUCCGGCCCAAAUCUUUC